UGCAGUAGUCAAUUAGUUGUGUGUGUGCAGUGAACCAUAAUGGGUUGCAACACUAGCCAGGAGAUACCGAACUGCAUAGGCCAGAAAACAACCGACUCGGCCGCCGCCCUCGGUGACCUACUGGAAGGUGAUAUUGAGGAAGUUGAAGCGGCAGCUACUAAAAUCCAGGCGGCGUUCCGUGGUCACAAGACGCGCAAAGAGAUGAAACAAGGAGACGGUGUUACCAAGGCGUCCAGCGAGGCCCAACAGCAGCAAGCUACGGCCGAAACCGAGCGGGAACCGACCAAAGAGGAGCUGGAAGCGGAGUUCGAUCCGAACGAUGCAGAACUGACCAACGCGGCCACCCGCAUCCAGGCCAGCUUCCGGGGCCACAUGGCUAGAAAAACGGCUCCCAAGGAGGGCGAGGACCCGAAGAAGGUGGUAGACAUUGACGAAAUUACCAGAAAGGUUGCCGAGGAACUGGACAUCGACAUGGACGAUCCGGAGCUGCACAAGGCGGCCAGUAAAAUUCAGGCCUCGUUCCGUGGCCACAAGGUGCGCAAGGACGUGCCGAAGGACGGUGAAAACUAAGAAGCAUAAACACUGCUGUGCAGGAUUGAUGGCGUCCCACGAUUUUCGAGCCCGGGCGGCCGGCCGGUCCCCCGGGCAGAUAGCAGUCGGGACACCUGCCGGUGCGAGUGUCCCGACGCUCUUCCUAUUCCUUCAUGCUGCUGCACAUCCGUCACGUUGUCGCCGGCUGCAGCUGCUUGCAUUUGUGGCCCCGAGAACGAGAGAGAGAAAGAAAGAAAGUGGCAAUUUAAAACCACAAACCGAUGGAGAGAAAAAAUGAGAAAUAUUGCACCUGUUAUGAUUUCAUAAAUUUUAUCGAUCAUAUCCAAUCGAGUAUAUUAAAGCAUCCUGAAUCCUAACGGAAGAACCCAACCCAACCAUUUGAUAUCCUUCUUCUUCGGCAUGUGGGUGUGUUUCUUCUUGGAAGGCGCACUAACAGGGACGAAUAGCGAAUGUUACAUUUAAUGGAUGGAAGAAAUACUGGAAGCGAAAUUGAAAGGCCACUUACUGAAUCAAAGAAAACUUUUAAACUACAGCCAUUUGAAUCAACCGAUAGGAUACGCAGCGCAACCUAAACAACUCCGGACUCCGGGCCAUGGAACCGAUAACUGAUCAUUUUUCAAUUAAAACUAUUGCACACGAGAAACAAUAGCAGCUCGGUGAAGGGCAAACGAGGAAUCCUUUCGAGUGUUAGGUGGCAAUGGCUACUAGGGGUGAGCGCGUCCGCCACCAUGUUGUUGGCCAUAGUAUUUCUGCAAGCAACAUACAACCUAAACGACACACAUACACUAUCGAUAAACAAAUGUUUAGUGCGAAUCCGUCGGGCACUUACUCAAUAAACUUGCAAACCUUCGUAUAGGCGGCACACACAGUUUGCUUACUCUUGUAGGGAAAUCCAAACACUAAACACACACUCCCAGAAGCGAAGAGUUUUUUCUAGCACCGCAAAAUUGUGUUUUAAGAAACAAUUUCCAUACGAAAUCAAAAACCAGAGAGUACUCACUUUUAGUACGUAUAGAAUACAUCUCCCCCAGCAUGGCGAACUCCGCUACACACACACACAUCCGGUGCAGCAAUAGUAACGACCGGUUGCUGUAGAGAAGCGGUUAAAAUGUGUGGGCCACAUUUGAACGAUUUUCGGCAUCACACAUCCGAACCAACAGCCAACCACCAACAGAAGGACGGGUUUAAAUGGAAACAGGAUAAGGUGACAAUGCAUGGACCAGAAC